CCUCCCGCUGACACAAUAGUGGAUCCAAGAUGGCGGAUGCGGGUGCAGCCAGCUUACCUGGGGGAGACGCGGCGCUGCCUCCCCCGCCGCCGCCGCCGCCGCCCCCUCCGCCGCCUCCCCCGCCGGAGGAGCAAGAGCUGAGCCGUCGCCUCCGCCGGCUCUACCCGGCCGUCAACCCGGCGGAGACGCCGCUGCCGCGCGCCUGGAGCCCCAAGGACAAGUAUAGCUACAUCGGCCUCUCCCAGGGCAACCUGCGCGUCCACUACAAAGGACAUGGGAAAAAUCACAAGGAUGCUGCUUCUGUCAGGGCUACCCACCCCAUCCCUGCAGCCUGUGGAAUUUAUUAUUUUGAAGUGAAGAUAGUUAGUAAAGGAAGAGAUGGGUACAUGGGAAUAGGACUCUCUGCCCAAGGUGUCAACAUGAACAGACUUCCUGGUUGGGAUAAGCAUUCCUAUGGCUAUCACGGCGAUGACGGACACUCGUUCUGCUCCUCAGGGACAGGGCAGCCCUAUGGCCCCACUUUCACUACUGGCGAUGUAAUUGGCUGCUGUGUGAACCUCAUCAACAACACCUGCUUCUACACAAAGAAUGGGCACAGUUUAGGUAUAGCCUUCACAGACCUUCCUGCCAAUCUAUAUCCCACUGUGGGGCUCCAGACGCCCGGAGAGAUUGUGGAUGCCAACUUUGGGCAACAGCCAUUUGUGUUCGACAUUGAAGACUAUAUGAGAGAGUGGCGAGCAAAGAUUCAGGGCACGAUUAAAAGGUUUCCCAUAGGUGACCGGCUAGGGGAAUGGCAAGCCAUGCUACAGAACAUGGUCUCUUCCUAUCUGGUGCAUCAUGGAUAUUGUGCUACAGCCACUGCCUUUGCCCGUGUGACAGAAAGUACAGUCCAGGAGGAACAGGUUUCCAUAAAGAACAGACAAAGAAUACAAAAGCUGGUUUUGGCAGGAAGAGUAGGCGAAGCGAUUGAAGCCACCCAGCAGCUCUAUCCAGGGCUUCUAGAGCAUAAUCCUAACCUCUUGUUCAUGUUAAAGUGCCGGCAGUUUGUGGAGAUGGUGAAUGGAACAGACAGUGAAGUGCGCUUUUUCAGUACCCGCAGCCCCAAAUCACAAGACAGCUACCCUGACUCCCCCAAUCUGAGUCCCCGACAUGGCUCCAAUAAUUUGCACAUCCACGUCACUGGAGCAGACAGCCCAAGCUGUAGCAAUGGGGUGACCUCCGUCAAAAGCAAACAGAGCCACAGUAAAUAUCCUGCACUGAGUUCGUCCUCUUCCUCCUCUUCUUCCUCCUCCCCUUCAUCCGUGAACUACUCAGAAUCCAACUCAACAGAUUCUACCAAAUCCCAGCAACACAGCAGCACUAGCAACCAAGAAACCAGUGACAGUGAAAUGGAGAUGGAGGCCGAGCACUAUCCCAAUGGAAUCCUGGAGAAUUCGGCCACCCGAAUAAUGAAUGGCACUUACAAGCACGAAGAGAUUCUGCAGACUGAUGACUCCAGCAUGGAAGACGGCUGCCCCCAGAGGCAACUCUGUGGAGGGAACCACGCUGCCACCGAGCGGAUGAUUCAGUUCGGGCGGGAGCUCCAGAUCCUCAGUGAGCAGCUAUGCAGAGACUACGGCAAGAACACAACCCACAAAAAAAUGUUACAGGAUGCAUUCAGCUUGUUAGCCUACUCUGACCCUUGGAGCUGUCCAGUUGGUCAGCAGCUGGAUCCAAUCCAGAGGGAGCCUGUGUGUGCUGCACUCAAUAGCGCCAUUUUGGAGUCUCAGAACCUGCCAAAGCAGCCCCCACUGCUGCUGGCCCUGGGCCAGGCCUCGGAGUGCUUGCGACUCAUGGCUCGCGUGGGCCUGGGCUCCUGCUCCUUCGCCAGAGUGGACGACUAUUUGCACUAGCCACUGAGUGAGGCAGAGUGACCCCUCCAGUUGCUGCCCUUUCACCUCUUCCUGCCUUGCGGUUUCUCACCUGCGCCUGCCCUCCACCCGCUGCCCGGCAGAAGGACACAGUGUUGACUGAGGCGGGAGGGGAGGAGGAGGAGGAGGAGGAGACGACCCUUGACGCGCCUUCGUUGCUCGCCCUGGAAACUGCUCGCGGGGCUCCCCCCUCCCCCCCUCGCCCCAACCUGCCCUCCCAUCACGGCCGCAUCCUGCUCUGCCCCACAGCACUUGGCCUUCUCACUGGUCCUUCCGAUGUAGCGCCUUCUGACAUUAGGAUUUUACCUUUUAUUUUAUUAUGUUAUUUUAUUUCUCUGACUGAGCCACCAGUAUUUAUACCUGGAGAGUUUGUGCUGAGCUGGUUUCUAAAUUCAUUUAGAGAUAAACGUGUAUCUGAGUUGGUGACGGCCUGUUUUCCUUUUUUUUGUUUUGUUUUUGUUUUAACUUUUUAUUUUCACGUUCGGAAAAACUCAACCAGCACGCGCGCGUGACUUGGACAGUAUUGUUCACUAUUGCUGGCCCUCAUAAAAACCCAGAGGCUGAAUGUGCUUGUUGGAAUAUUAGCCAUGCUAUCCAAACAAAAAGAGUUUUAUCAUCUUUUUUUUUUUUUCUGUGCCUAUGACACACAGCCCCUGAGAAACCCUGAGGAUUCACCCUGGGAACUAAUCGGGAAAGGCUGAGAUUGGGAACCGUAAAAUGACCUGUUGCCAACUGUCCCUUUCCCUGUGAUGCUUAGGAAAGAGAACGGGUGUGACCCGAGUUGUGUCCCCAUACUCAAGCAGGGACAUUAGGACAUCGCUGUGGGGACAUGUCGCUGAGUUGCAACUUCCCACAAACUGCUGAUCAUUGGCCAUGCCGACUGGGUUGCUGGGAGCUUGACAAUCUCUGGAGAAAUACAGGUUCUCUUCUCCUUCAUCCAAGCAAGUGAUCGUAGGCUUCUGCAAGGAGACUUCUCCCCCGUCACAUCUGGCCACAUCUAGGCCACUCACACCUAACUCUUGCCACAAAGAGGACAGAGAAGGCGGCUUGCUCUGCUUCCUCAUCCUCAUGCCCCCAAACAGCUGCGUGGAAUGGAAUCAAGGUGGAAUGAAAAAUGGGAGCUCCCUAUCGGUCCAGCGUUUUCUUCCUACAUUUUUAAUCGAGAGACUUCUUCCUAAAAUCUUCCCUCACAAAGUGGAUACCUGUCUUCACGUCGGUUACGAACCAGGAAAAGUGGAGCCUUUAAAAAUAACAAGAAUCCCCCUCCCCCCGCCAUCCUAUCAGCGUUUGAGUUUGUGAACCCAACUUUUUAUUUCAUCGUUUCAUCGCCUCCGUUGCCUUUGAUAUUACACUGAUAGGACAAUAGUACAACACCCUUGUUUUUUUUAAUCCUGCUUACCCUCUCAAUUGAAAAGAGGGGGUAAGGCAAUAUUAUUCUUUUUUUAAAAAAAGAAAAUGCGGUUUUAUUCCAAGGAAUAUAUCUUUUUUUUUUUAAACAAAAGAAUUUGGGAACCAUUUUCCAAACUUUACAUAUUGUAACAAUCCUUACAAAAUACUGCUAGAAUAGCAAGCUGGAAACUCCAGCCUAAUUUAAUCUACACAAUUUAAAUUAUAACUGCGUGGAAUCCCGCUGUUCUUAAAAGCUUGUUAACGUUUGAAACAUAAUUAUUGGCUUGCCGGUCUGUUUCAAGAUUUUGCCUCGCUUUUAAAGUGUUUUUAAUUGGGAAGAAUUUUUUUAAAAUAUCCGUAAGUUUGAUAGGCAAGGCUAUUUUAAUAUUUCAUUAAAAUAUUAAAACCGAGCACUUGCAGAUGAUAGCACGAAAGACAGGUUUUCCUGAUGUGAUGAAGAAAAUGCUUCCAUUGAGGGUAAGGAAUUUUAAUUUAUAGUAGCAUAGAAAGGGUGUUGUUGAGGGGUUUUUUUUUUGGUUGAGGACCUUGUAGCUGUGAUGGGGAAAAAAAGCUAUGCAUCUGUGCACAGUAUAUUUGGAAUGUUAUGCAAGCAUCGCCAGGUUGGUGGAACCUGGAGAAAUAAUAAGAAGGUGAGACUUCUGUUGGUUUCUGUACCAACAAAAUGCCCAGCAGAGACUAACCUUUGCUUUCAGAUUUGUAAGCGAGACAUCCCGAAUUUAGAAGACUGUGAAUUACUGUCUCCCCUGGCAGAUCAAGACUUGAGUUUUAGUGCCGAAAGAAAAACGGGUGCAUCAAAGAAUUGACUCUACAGAAAAAUACAGUUCCAGACUCUGGUUCCAUUUUCCAUUUGCAUAAUUUGGCUGGGUGCUGAUUAGAUCGAAGCAAAAUGUUUUCUGGUUUUCACUCUUUUAACAAGCGGAAACAUCUAAUCGCCGUUCCUUUUGCUUGGAUGGUCGUGAAAGUUGAAUGUUUGCUGUGAUUGGAUUUUACCUUGCCUGGUUCCUUUUAAGGACUUGUAAGGCUAGUUUUAUGCCAAGCCAUAAAAUUCUGGUCUCAACGAAUAAUUGACCGCACCAGCUCAAAAGCAGAAUGAUUGGUCCACCUCACAUCUUUUGUAACGUCUUCUAUGGCAAAUGUUUGUAUCGGCAACCUCACCAGCUCUCUUUAUCUGGCCUGCUGCAUUUGCUUUUAGGCUUCAUUAGGAGUUUCCAGUGUUCGAUUCCCAUUUUAAAUGUUGACCGUCUUAAGAUGAGCUUCAACAAACCAAUUUCUUAUCUUUGGGAGCAGAUUUCUUUCCUGCUUUGUUUUUUUCCGGUUUCCAUCUCAUCCAUUUUUCAAAGUUGCUUCAGGUUGAUUUUCAACUUGAUUUCAACUUGAUUUUUUUUUUUUUGGCACUUCGCUGCCUGCUGCUUUCCACCCUACAAGCUGUGGCGUCUUUGCCAUCCUAUGCUUAAAAGUCAACUGUUUUCACGGCAGUUUUUACACUGUAAAGUAUUUUCUCUGACAAGUAGCUAGUUGCCAUCUCUAAUUGGUGGUGGGGUAUGGCAGUGGUGACAAAUGUGGAAAAGAGCUGAAUUUUUCCUGAUCAAAGACAAUCUGCAUUUGAUGACUCAACAUUUUGAUGCCACAGUCCUGUAGCUAUGGCAGGUGAAAUUUAAUUCGGGAAGCAUUGCGCUAUUCAGAGGUUGAUGAGUCUUGGAAAUGUGAUCCAAGACAAUCAGAUAUUUGAACACUGGCUACAAUUGCUCUAAAGAGACCACGUUGCAUAUGGAAAAGGAUGGUUUGAAAUCCCGCGGAAUCUUUGAUGGGAAGAACAUUUAAAACCGUGUUUGUGGUUAAAGCCUUUCACCAUUUUCAAGGGCACAAAAUAGUACAGAACCUUUUGAGUUUUCCUUAAAGAGGCGGAGGAAUGUCUAGUUUACAUUUGGUCUCAAUUUUGAGCUGAAACCUGACAGAGUUCGUCAGGCAUUGCCAGGAGAUAAUGAGGUAUCUACCACAUACCUUAGGAUAUAUUUCUUUUUUUUUUUAAAAAAAAUAGUUUUUACAAAAAGAUUUAACACAGAUAACAAAUUCCAAGAAAAGAAAUAUUUUCUUUUUGAUACCGUCUGACUGAUUUUGUCAUCCUGUCAGAAUCCUUCUGCGAACAAUCCAUUGGAUUCCAGGUUUUUAUCAACCAUUAAUCAGAAGAAUGGGUAACUUAAGGCAUAGCAACUUGUUUCCUGAUCAUUUGGCAUGUUGAUCAUACUUUAGACCACGCGUCGCUGACCGCACUGACUAAAAUGGAACAUCCCGAAUGCAAGAGUUAACACUUCCCUGAUUACCCUCCACUACAGCGGUGGGAUAAUCUGCAAUUACGCUUUCACAACUGUGAAGACAAUGGCUUAAUUGUAGUCCAACAUCUCUGGAGGACAUUAGAAUGGGGAGGAUUGUUGAUUGUGAGGAAUUUCAGAGCCCUCCUGGUAGCUACCCUUGUUCAAAGAACCAUCUCAUUUUUCUUCCAUGUAGUUUUUGCAACCGGUUCCAGGAGUUCUUGGCUGGUAAUUGUAGAACGUUCUAGUAUCGAACGUCACCUACCAAUGAUUCAAACUGGCUAUCUUGAUGUCAAUCAUCAACAAGGAGAAGCAUCACGCCAACAAGAGUUGGUGCUCCAUUUACCCCCAUUAUGGUCCUCCGCAUCCUGUAACCAAAUAAAAGUGCCAAAUUCUCUUCUCGAAUUGAUUCAUUUAACCAGUGUUGUUUUGGGAAUAUUUUAGAAAUACAAUAGGCUUAGAAGAGUGCUAAGGAUCACUACCAACAAGUAUGUUCAAAUCUUUGGACCUGUGGGUUUUUUUGUUUUAAAUUUGGGCUGGAGCUUUGAGACUUGGGUGCCAUCUGCUCAUCUUGAACUAGCAAGAAAGAUUGUUGGCGGGCAUAAUUGGAUUACAUUUUGGACCUGACACUGAAAAAAAAAUGAAAAGAAACGUAAAGAAUUAUCCUUUAUUUUUCUCUUCCUCUCGCUUUUUACAAACUCGGGUACCAGCUCUUGCAUGGCAUCUCAAAACCCUUUUCGUUUUUCAAUGAUUUUAUUAUGAUACCAACCGUAAGGAUUUGUUUGGUUUUUUUUAAAAGUAUCCUAUCAAAUAAAGGGGCCGAGCAGAAUGUGGGUUCUACCAGGGUUCCAUAAUCUCACGUUUUCAUUUUCCUUUUAUUGAGGACUUGACGGAUCUCCUUCCAAGCUGCGCACAUUUGGAUCAGUUUCUGCUUAGUAUUUGUGAGUUCAGUUAAACCCAAUUCUAGCAUGAAAACCUUCCCAAAGGAGGACAUUUUAACUGACAAGAAGAAAAAAAAAUGGAAAAAAAAAAGAAAGAGAAAUUGUACUGGAAAUAUAGAAACCCACAGUCUGUUGUAUUUUGACAGAAUUAUUUUUAUUAAAAUAUGCAUCUCUGUGCA